AGAAAAGAUUGUGUGCAUUGCCAGCAAGCAUCCCUUUUACUCUCUCGGAUACCUCUACUACAUAACAAACGCUGGAUACCUUACCUGAGGUACGUGCAGCGCGAAUGCCAAGCCCUGGACACUAGGGCGGCUUGCAGCUGGAUCCUGGAUGCUGACCCUCGCUAAAAAGGUUAGCCGGAGAGCGGAUUAACUGCCAACCUAGUUCAGACCGUGCGGAUUGGAAUUCUCUGACUCCAACCUCUCCGUGUUUCCUGCCGUUCCGUCACCAGAUAACUUAGCUGCAGCCCUUCUGAGGACAGCCCUUCACCCAAAGAAGUACGGAUAGUAUCGCCAACAAAAAGCUGUCGCACCGACUUCAUCUUCAUCUUCAUUUCUCCGCCCCUCCAUUUCUACUUACUGACGCGUCCGCCGCUCCCUCGGAUCCGUCAAUCACCGAUUUCAUUCCCCCACUUACCCUUCACAACCGCCAAGCUGGACUCCUCCGUCGUCAUGUCGAAUGCGCCUCCGCCUGCGCUCUUACCACCGCCCGAGGGCAUCUUCCGGACCUUCGAAGACCUUCUGACCUCGGUUCAGCGCGUCGCAAAAGACCAAGGAUAUGGAGUUGUUAAGCUGCGCGCCUCAAAUUACCGCGAUGGCAAGCCGACCCGUUACGACUUGGUUUGCGACCGCGGCGGCGUCAAGUACAGCAGCACCGCCAAGAAGCGUAACCCAUCGACGCGCAAGGUCGAUUGCCCAUGGCGCGCAAAGGCCGUCUGCGAGGUCCAGCUCGGAAACCAGUGGCGUUUUGCUGUUCAGGAGGGCAGUCACAACCACGAGCCUCGCAUCGCGACCGCCCCUCCCGGUCAGGAAAACACCCCUCUCGCCCAGUCGAUCCGUUCCUUCACCAACAAGAUUGAUCGCCUCAAUCACGACAUGAACCAAGGCUUCGGUCGUAUCGAACAAGCUCUUGACACGAUGAACAAGCGCCUAGAGAAUCUCGAGAAUCGCGCGGGUGGUUACGAGCCUCGGUUCCAGAAUAUGGAGUCGCGGUUGCAAGGCAUGGAGGCGCGUGGAAGCAUGGAGCUGCCCAUGGACGAUGUCGAUGCUCGACUCCUGUCAUCUUCGGUUAUGUAGGAGAGUGACCCGGUUGACGAGUCGGGCUUCAAGGCUUCGGAGUUAUCCGAGGACUUCGUGUGGACGUCUAAUGCCUGACCACGCCUCGGCAUCACAAGAAGCCCUGGUCACUAGCGUUCCCUCUCAACAUGCGAUGGACCGGGAAGAGGAUCACGCGUCGACAAAUGCACGAGACUCUACUCUCACAGCAAGUGGUUAUGGAUAAGGAGACGAGCCAAGGCAGGAUUGGCGGGACAAAUCAUGUUAUCACGGCGUUGGACGGGGAUCAGGGCGUUUUCGGACACAUUGAGUUUCAUUUUUCUUCCUUGGUUCUAGUGCGAAAGAGCGGCAUCGGUCGCAGGUUUGGGAGUAUGGCCCUAAGAGAGGGUACUUUUUCUCAUGAAAACUGUGCGAUAUUACGGGAGGGCGGCUUUUUUGUUUUGCGGUUCAGACACGUUUGGCGGACAAUGAGGUCCAAAACCUAUAGUGAGCAUUGCCCCUUUGGGUGUUUUAUAGGAUCAUCGCAUUUCAGCGUUACCUUGCACACAAACGGCUUCAGUUGGAGUGUUAUCCGGGAUGGUAAAGUUCCAGUUCGUGAUCAUCGCUCUUUCCUCAUUGCCUUCGGGACAACCUUUCUCGUAGGAGCAAGCGAUAUGCCGAAGGAUGACGUAACAUGAGCACCUUGUCGGCCGCUGCCCUUUAGUCAAUACCUCGC